AUGAGGAAGAAAACUAUUGCUAAAAGGCCUCCUCGUGAAAAAAUCUUCAAGCCUCUCACAAAGCCUUCAACCCGCUCUCACGACCGAACCUUCACUCUAUCUCCUUCUCCUCCUACCUCUCCUCCUCGGUGUGAUCCCAUGGCACGAACCAAAAAUCCUUCUAGGGUAACUCCUUCCGCCAAGAAGACACCACAGACAAAAGAACCUCCAUCCAAGCCAGGGUCAUCGAAGCCAAGUUCAUCCAAGGGGAAGCGACCAGCCACACCUAAACCUCCACCUGAGCCCACACAACCAAAGUCUAGGUCUGUUCCAUUACGCUCUCAAAGAGGAAAAACUCGAGUUCCUCUUAAGUCAGUUAAAGAACCAGACAUUGGCCCUUUUGAUCACAAAGCUCACUUUUUGACUUCUCAUUCGAACUAUAACCCUUAUAGAUUCAAACCUGCCAUGAACAAUGAUUUUUAUGAGGGGAUUAUCCAGUAUCAUACCCUGUGUCCAUCUUUUCUAGCUGAUUUGCCAUCUUUGAAAAGAAAAAAUUUUCCAUUUGUUGAUAACUUGAUUUUUCUGGACUGGAAUCAUCUUUUUGAUAUCAAAAAGCCUGUUUACCCCUUGUUGUAUACUGAUGUUGGGCUUUGUGCUUACACUUCGGUUAAGUGGGAUGAAGGUGUUGGAAUUUCUUAUCAUGAUGCAUUGGCUCACAUUUGUGAACAUGUUUCUUUAAUAGAUGGCAUUACACCUACUCAUAAAGCCCUAUGGUAUGAGCGUGCUCAGUUGCAUCGAAUGAACAAAGGACCUACUCGAUCUGAAAGGGUGGUCUUAGAUAAUGAAGAUGAUGACUUUGUUCCUGAGGAUUCUCCUUCUCUUUCCAAUGAGGGUACAUCCGUAUCUGCUGGGAAGAAAUCUGCUCUGCUGAAUGUGGUCAAAGAUGUUGUUCAGGAGUUUGUCUCCCAAUCAAACCACUUAAUUGCCAUGAGCAAGGAACAAAGGAAGCUAGCCAGCAAGCAUGAGAAUUUCCUAAAGAAAUCAAGGGAUAAAGUGGUUGUGUUCAUGUCUUUUAUCGAUAACCUUCAAGAGGAUGAAGACCCUGCCAUUGAUAUUGAAGAGGAAGCUAAUUCGGAGGGGAAUGCUAAACCGCUGCCACCACCCACUCCGCCCCACGCGCCGCCACUUUGCCACAAAGUACACCGCCAAGAUCACCUCCACCUCCCCAACCGGUCGCUCUCUCGUCGCCGCCGCCGAAACCCCAAAACGCCGUCGUUCUCAGACCCAUUCUCCGACCUCUCCGACUACCUCCAGUCCCUCCAACCCCAAUGCCCGACCGUCCUCACCCCUCUCGAAGCCUCCGAGAUCCUCAAAUCCCUAAAAUCCCCAUCCCUUGCAUGGAAAUUCUUCCACUUCUGCCCCUCUCUUUCCCCCAAUUUCCGACACGAGUCCUUCACCUACAACCGCCUCCUCCUCAUCCUCUCCAAUUCCACCUCCCCCGAACGCUUCGACAUGGCCCGCGACCUCCUCCGCGACAUGGACCGCCUCGGCAUACGUGGCUCAAUCUCCACCGUUAACAUUCUCAUUGGAUUCUUCGGCACUGGCCAGGAUCUCGAGAUGUGUGUUGGGUUGGUGAAGAAGUGGGAUUUGAGGCUCAAUGCCUACACCUACAAGUGCUUGCUUCAGGCGUAUUUGAGGUCACGUGAUUCGUCUAAGGGCUUUGAUGUGUAUUUGGAGAUGCAGAGGCGCGGUUACAAGUUGGAUAUCUUUGGUUACAACAUGCUCUUGGAUGCUUUGGCUAAAGAUGGAAAGGUGGAUAAGGCAUAUGAAGUUUUUGAGGACAUGAAGCGGCGGCAUUGUGAGCCUGACGCGUUUACAUACACCAUUAUGAUCAGAAUGACGGGUAAAUCUGGUAAAACUGAUGAGUCUCUAGCACUUUUUCAGGCCAUGUUAAAAAAAGGGUGCAUUCCUAAUUUGAUUGCUUAUAAUACUAUCAUUGAGGCCCUUGCCAAGGGGCGAAUGGUUGACAAGCUCAUUCUAAUUUUCUCAAAGAUGGUGGAGGAUGAUUGUCAGCCUAAUGAAUUUACAUACAGUGUGCUUUUGAAUGUUUUGGUUGCUGAAGGACGCCUUAAUAAGCUUGACGAUAUAGUGGAGUUAUCAAAGAAGUAUCUUAAUAAGAAGAUAUACGCAUACUUUGUAAGGACUUUAAACAAACUGGGUCAUUCUAGUGAAGCACAUAGACUAUUUUGCAACAUGUGGAACUAUCAUGACAAGGGUGAUAGAGAUGCUUACAUGUCCAUGGUGGAGAGUUUAUGCAAUGGUGUAUUCACUGCUCUGGGAAGGUUGAAGCAAAUAUCACAUAUUCAUGAUCUUUUUGAAAAGAUGAAACAAGAUGGCCCUCCACCAGACAUAUUUACAUACAAUAUUCUGAUCUCCAGCUUUGGUAGAUCUGGGGAAGUUGACAUUGCCGUAAAAUUGUUUGAAGAACUAGAGAGUAGCAAUUGUAAGCCCGAUGUUGUUACCUAUAACUCUCUGAUCAAUUGCCUUGGAAAGAAUGGGGAUGUUGAUGAAGCUCACAUGAGGUUUAGAGAAAUGCAAGAGAAAGGAUUGAAUCCAGAUGUUGUAACUUAUAGUACACUGAUUGAAUGUUUUGGCAAGACGGAUAAAGUUGACAUGGCGCGUAAAUUGUUUGAUGAGAUGCUUGCAGUAGGAUGCUAUCCUAACUUGGUCACAUAUAAUAUUUUACUCGAUUGUCUUGAAAGGUGCGGGAGAACUGCUGAGGCAGUGGACCUUUAUGCGAAACUUAAGCAGCAAGGAUUGACACCGGAUUCAAUCACAUAUGCGGUGCUUGAACGGUUGCAAAGCGGCGGGCAUAACAGGUUGAGAUUUCGCAGGCAGAACCCCAUUACAGGAUGGGUUGUCAGCCCUUUAAGAUGACACAAUAGACAAAGUAGUUGUUUUAUGUCCAUAUCAGGCCAAGAACUUUUGUACUUUAGCUUCCACAGGGCUAUAACGCUGCUAAAUCCAUAGUUGCGUUGCUGGCAUAAAGAAUCCAAAUGAUUAUGGAAAUGUGAUCAAAUCAGAUGUACUGCUUCAAGUGCAGUAGCUACAUGUUCAAGAAAUCAUAGCUGCAUCAUGUUGAUUUAUGAAAUCAAGUUUUCCUGCAUCGGGGGAGUUCGUUGACGAGAGGUAUCUGUUAUUAAUCUAUUAUGUAUUCUGAUAAUUUGAUUCAUAAUAGUAUCUAUACCAAGCUCAUACAAGGAUAAACAAAAUUUGGGGGGCAAAGACAAACCAAUAUUUUCUCUUUUUAAAUAGAAUUUUCAUUUCUUACAUGUAUAGAAUAACGAUAAUGAUAGGGAAAAUCUAGAAUCCAUUUCCCUGGAUAUCUUUUUGCACAUUGUUCUAGGAUGCUGUUGUAGUCUCUGCAAAAUGUAAAGCUACGAAACUGAAAUGAAAUAUUCCCCUUCCUUAUAUUCUUUCUCCUGCUAAUUAUUCAGUUUGAAGUUAGUUGUUUUCUUAUUCUUUGAUAA